UUUCCGGUACGACGGUGAAGUUUGUUAGCUAGGGAAAGUUGAAAAUAGCUUACAAUGUGCAUUUUUUGCGUUAAUAUUUUAUGUUGCGUUAAUGUUCCACCAAACUUGAAUGUAAAAAUGACUGUGAACAUUCUGACAUGGAUAUUUACUGUGUGUUUACUGACAGCGGCAGCAGCGGAUGACAUGUUGGAUAUACCAGGGGGAAAGAUGAUAAUGGGAACCAGUGCUGCUGAUGGGAGAGAUGGAGAGUCCCCAGCCAGAGAGGUGACAACUGGGCCUUUUAAAAUAGACAAGUACCCGGUCACAAACGCGGAUUUCAGAGACUUUGUGAGAGCACAGAAAUACAAAACUGAAGCUGAGACGUUUGGCUGGAGUUUUGUGUUUCAAGAUUUUGUGUCAGAAGAGAUGAAGAGCAAAGUCACACAGAGGAUAGAGUCUGCUCCCUGGUGGCUGCCAAUAGAGCGGGUGUUUUGGAGACAGCCUGCAGGGCCUGGUUCAGGCAUCCGGGAGCGCCUAAACUUCCCUGUGGUUCAGGUGAGCUGGAAUGAUGCCCAGUUGUUUUGCCAGUGGAAGGGGAAGAGACUGCCUUCUGAAGAGGAGUGGGAAUGGGCUGCACGUGGAGGGCUGCAAGGUCGGAUUUACCCGUGGGGAAACAAGUUUCAAGCAAACAGAACCAACCUGUGGCAGGGGUCAUUUCCAGAUGGAGACACUGCAGAGGAUGGAUUCCACGGCAUCUCCCCUGUCACAGCUUUUCCUCCUCAGAACAAUUACGGAUUAUAUGACAUGUUGGGGAACACAUGGGAGUGGACAUCUACACCUUUUCCUGGAGCGCGACCAAUGUAUGUGCUGCGUGGGGCGUCUUGGAUUGACACUGUGGAUGGCACAGCCAAUCACAAAGCCCGAAUCACUACCAGGAUGGGAAACACUCCAGACUCUGCCUCGGAUAACCUGGGCUUCAGGUGCGCUGCCUCCGCUGGAAGCAAACAAGGAAAGAAAAAGGAGAAAACUGAACUGUAGCAACUAACAGGGUGAAAAAACAUAGAGUGAAUGAAGAUGACGCUGGCUUGAACCAGUGAUAACUCCAAUGAGGUACAUGAAUGUGAUGAUUCUGGAUAGAAACAAGAGACCAAUUAAGUAAAAAUGACAAAAAAAAAGAAUUAUUGUGAUAUAGAUGUAAUGACAAACUGUAUUUCUCCCAUGGAGAUAUUCUGAAUUUUUAAUAAGUGAAAAAAGUUUACUUGAACUGUUGAUACCUGAACAUUGGUGCCUUUGUGAAACUUUAAGGAAUAAACUUUUUUUUUUACUGUUUCAAACUUUCACAAAGAGGGUUUUCAUUGAAGCCAAUGUACCGUCAUGGUAGGGACAAAAAAUCUAAACCCCGACUGAGUGGAUGAAAGAGGACACUGAUUGUCUUCCCUCCUCACACUGGGAUCUGUGCUUUUGUGGAGUGUUUUAUGUGACUAGAAAGUAAACUAGCCGUCGCUUCAGCA